AGCCAUACAACAGAAGAAAGAAGAAGACGGAUUAUCCUCAUCCGCUGCUGGAAGGGUCAUCAGACGUGUGCUUGCUGAAAAAUGGCCGCGGAGAGGCAGAAUGAGGUGAAAAUAUCGCCAUUGGAGGAAAAUAAAGAGACCAGCAUCGACGAGAGUCUUGGCUUGGAGAUUCUGCAGAUCAUUAAGGAUUCUCAGCAGCAGCAUGGACUCAGGCAUGGUGAUUACCAGCGCUAUAGGGGUUAUUGCUCCAGACGACUGCGUCGAUUGAGAAAGACUCUGGGCUUUAAAAUGGGCAACAGACACAAGUUUACUGGGAAGAAAGUGACUGUGGAGAUGCUUUCAGAUAACAGACAUCUGUUGUUAGUGUUAAUGGAAGCAGAAAGAGCAUGGAGUUAUGCCAUGCAGCUGAAACAGGAAGCUAACACUGAGCCCCGAAAGCGUUUUCACCUGUUGGCUCGCCUGCGAAAGGCCGCCAAACAUGGGGAGCAGCUAGAGAAGCUGUGUGAAAGUCCACGUGUGGAUGCAAAGACCAAACUUGAGGCUCAGGCAUACACUGCUUAUCUUACUGGAAUGGUUCAGUUUGAACUGCAGGAAUGGAAAUCUGCAAUGGAGGCCUUUAACAAGUGCAAGACCAUCUAUGAGAAACUGGCCAGUGCUUUUACUGAGGAGCAAGCAGUGCUUUUUUAUCAGAGAGUAGAAGAGAUUUCACCUAACAUCCGAUACUGUGCAUAUAACAUUGGUGACCAGAAUGCAAUAAAUGACCUCAUGCAGAUGAGACUGAGUGCAGGAGGAGGGGGUGGCAUGAUGGCCGAAAAAUUGGAGGCGCUGAUUACUCAGACAAGAGCUAAGCAGGCAGCUGUGAUGAGUGAAGUUGAGUGGAGAGGUCGGACAGUUCCUGUCAAAAUUGACAAGGCCAGAAUCUUCCUGUUGGGUCUGGCAGACAAUGAAGCUGCUAUUACACAGGCAGAUAAUGAAGAGACUAAGGAGCGCCUAUAUGAAAGCCUGCUGGCAGAGUGUAGAGACACCAUCCAGGCUGUCAGAGAGGAGCUCAGGACUGAUGCGAAGCAGAGAGAAAGAGCAACAGAAGGUGUUGAGAGUGGCAAGGUGUCUAAUCUGCAAUACCUGCACAGCUACCUGACAUAUAUCAAGCUGUGGACGGUGGUGAAGAGGAAUGAGAGCAUGGCUCAUGCGCUGCAAACUAAACUGAAGGAGCCACAGACUGAUGAAAACAAGAGAGGACCACGACCACAGGACCUGAUACGACUCUAUGACAUCAUCCUGCAGAGUCUUGCUGAGCUGUCAUCACUGCAGGGUCUAGAGGAAGAUCACACCUUCCAGAAAGAAGUGGCGCUCAAGACUCUGGUCUACAAGGCUUAUAGGUGUUUCUAUAUUGCUCAGUCCUAUGUUCUGGUGAAGAAAUGGAGUGAAGCUCUGGUUCUGUAUGAAAGAGUUCUGAAAUAUACCAGAGAGGUCCAGUCCAAAGCCAAGAGCCUCAAUAAUAGCCUUAAGGAUCUUCCUGAUGUCCAGGAGCUGAUUGCUGAGGUCAAUGCUGAGAAGUACUCCCUUCAAGCUGCAGCCAUCUUAGACACAGACGAUGUUGCUGAGGUGCCCACACAGCAGCAGAUUAAAGACAGCACGCCUCUGUCUGAUCGAUUGGAAAAUUUCCGGCUAGAUCCCACCCUCCUGAGCAAGCAGCCCAAUCUGGUGCAGUUCCCUCCAGACUUCCAGCCAAUUCCAUGCAAGCCUCUCUUCUUUGACCUGGCUCUCAACCAUGUGGCUUUUCCACCUCUUGAUGACAAGGUUGAGCAGAAGGGCAAGGGUGGCAUCACUGGCUACUUCAGAGGCUUCUUUGGCUUUGGAAGCUAGAUCUAGUCUCAGGUUUUGUUUUGGUUGUAUUUGUGGUCAUCUGAAUACAGGUCUCUCUUCAAGACCGAGAGUUAUGGAUCCUUAUUCUGUUAAACCAUUUUCCCCAAAAUAUGCCAUUAUAGAUUUAAGGUGUAAGUGCAGCCUGUUUGGUAGUAAAUUCAUAUAGACUGAAUUAGAGGUGAUAUUAAGAGACAGUUUAUGCAAUGUUUUCAUCUUGCAAGAAGGUGUUAUAUAAAUCCUGCCAAGUGUCAGUGGUAAUGCUUGGUGUCACUACUCCCUCUUUAAACUAGAGUAAAAGGUUUGCUGGGUCUAUCUUAAUUUUAUUUUUUUUUUUAUCAUAAACUUUUGAACUAAGAUGCCUUUGUUUGCCUAGACCUGAUCUCAAUCUUCCCUGCGCAUUAUAUAAAAGUGGACUUAUUUCCCUCAAGAAGUCUACACUUCAACACUGCUGAAGAUCUAGAAUUCUAGCUAUGAGAAUUUUUUUGUUUUUUGUUUUCUCAACUAUGUUGGAGGAUUUUAACCUCUGCAAAUAAUGUCUGCAUGUACCUUAGAAAUAUACUCUGGUGCAAUUUUGUUUAAAUAGUCAUAACUUGUGUUUUGAACUAUCAUCUUAAAACAAAGCCAUUGAGAGAAAGGAAAUGGUUUGUUAGUGCUUUACCUGUGAUUUGUUUCCUAAUAAGAUUUGCUAUUUUUUUGUUGUUUAACUAAUUGCUUUUAACUUGCAAAUGAGUUGCUUUUUUUCCCCCCUUGUUUAAACAACUUUGUGGGAGAAAAAAAAAAACAAAUGUUUGUGAGCUAAUUUAAUCUUCACCAGACAGAGAUCAGACCAUUAUAAUGACAGACUGUUAAAAUGGAUGGGAUAUGAUAAUUAAUAAAACAGGGAUUUUUAGUUUGAAAUCUCACAAUUUAAAAAUAAAAAACCUUUCUGGUCAUCA